AGUUUUAGAUUGCUCAGUAUUCCUGUUGAAUAUUCUAUUUUGGAUUAACAAGUUCCCUGAAGAGUGUCUUCAUAACGGGUUCUUUCUUUCCUAGGGGAGCCCAAUGAAGAUGAAAUAUCUUUAUCUCAUUACAGUAAAGGUCCUAUUUAUGCCAUUGCCAAGGCACCUCUGCUUCAGGAAGGAAAAGGUUACGCUGCAAAGACUUUGUUCUUAGGUAAACGGUGGCAUAAUGAAAGAGAUCCAUUUUUAAUGAAAACAUCAAGACGUCCAGUUCCAGUAGCGAUAUGUACUUUUGGAUCCAUCUGAAAUACAGAGCAGAGAAAUAGACAAGGACUUGGUCCUAAAUGCCUGAGUUGCAGGAUGAACACAGAAGAGAAGAAUCAAACCAUAUUUGCUGGAUUCAUCCUCCUGGGUUUCUCCUCCUCACCAGACCACCAAGGUUUUCUCUUUCCCAUCUUCCUCUGUAUGUACCUGCUUUGUCUGCUAGGAAACCUCUUGAUAAUCCUGCUGAUCUUUUCCAGUACCAAUCUCCUCCAAGCUCCCAUGUAUUUCUUCCUCUGUCACUUGUCACUGGCUGACCUUGGAUUUAGUUCUGCUGCAGUGCCUAAAUUGCUAUACAACUUAGCGAUCGAGACAAAAACAAUAUCUCAUAAUGGUUGCCUGACACAGAUGUAUUUCUUUCUGAGUUUUGGUGCCACAGAUAACUUUCUCCUGGCCUCCAUGGCGUAUGACCGCUAUGUAGCCAUCUGCCACGCCUUGCACUAUGCCAGGAUUAUGAGCUUCAAGUGCUGCCUUCUGUUGGCUGCUGGCUGCUGGCUACUAGCUCAUUCCCAUGCCUUGUUAUACACCCUGUUGUUCUCUAAUUUUACCUUCUGUGCUUCCCGAGAAAUCCCCCAUUUUUUCUGUGACCUCCACCCUUUAUUGAAAAUCUCUUGUUCCGACACCUCCAUUGUUGAUAAGCUUCUUGUCAGCGAAGGGACAGCACUUGCCCUUGGGCCUCUGCUUCUCAUUCUUUUCUCUUACGUCUUCAUUGUCCUGAAGGUGGUGAAGCUUCCAUCUAAGUCCAAAAAGUACAAAGCUUUCUCUACUUGCAGUGCCCACCUCACCACCGUGGCUUUGUUCUAUGGCACGGUGAUAGGCACCUACCUCCGCCCAUCAUCUUCCUAUUCUGUCUCGAGGCUGAGAGUGGCAUCAAUAUUCUAUACAGUAGUCACCCCUAUGCUCAAUCCUUUCAUAUACAGCCUGAGGAACAGCGAGAUGCAUGCAGCCAUCAAGAGACUGCGGAAUAAA